AUGGCCAAUACAAAACCUGUAGCAGUAGUGGUUGGUGCUUCUCGUGGUAUGGGCAGACAGAUUGCGAUCGGUCUCUCACAAGAAGGAUACACAGUUGUCGUUGCUGCAAAGACAACCUCGGAUCCCGAGAAGUUGGCUUCGUUUCCACCAGAUCCAAAAUCAUCCCAGAGCACAAUCAACACUGUUGCGAAGGAGAUCACUUUGCUUGGAGGAAUAGCUAUUCCUGUACCAGUAGACACACGCUCGCCUGAGUCAGUCAACAAGCUGUUCGCAACAGUGUCAUCUGAGCUUGGUCGUCUAGAUGUUCUCGUCUACAACUCUGGAGCCAUCUGGUGGUCCUCGGUAGCAAAGACACCAAUGAAACGUUUCAAGCUGAUGCAGGAAGUCAACAUUGAAGGCUUGUACGCCAGUAUCGAAGCAUCACUUCCACUGUUCGAAAAGGGUGGCUGGAAGGGUCGGGUCAUUGUUGUCUGCCCGCCAAUAUACAGUCGAUUUUUCCGAGGCAAAACUGCAUACGCUGUGGGUAAGGUAGGAAUGAGUGUGCUGGUCAAGGGACUGUCCAUGGAUUGGAUUCGAGAAGAAAAGCCAGAUAUGGCGAUCACCGGUAUCUGGCCGGCUGUAGCAAUCGAGAGCGCUGCGACUGGAGAAGCCGUUGCGGCAGACAUGGACAAGAGAAACGACCUCAGAAAAGCAACAGUCUUUUCCGAUGCUAUCUUAGGCAUGCUCAACUCGAAACCGGCUGAGGUAACUGGACUACUUGCUACCGAUGAAGACUUUCUCAGGGACUACAAAGGCGUGACCGAUUUCAGCAAGUACAGUCUGGUGCCUGGAUCCAGUCCGAGGAGGAUAAUGCCGAUCAAAUUUCCAGAUCUGACGGUUGAGGAGCAGGAUGACGAGGGCGUGCGAACAGACAGCACGGUCUUGCGCGCAAAGCGUCAGGCUAAGCUCUGAAACUCGAGCCAACCGUGCUGUGUAAUGUAGCCUUGUCAUCAAGCAUGCUUCUUGCCAUUGAAUAGAUCGCCCGUACAUGACUGUUUAUUGUGCCUGCCGAACGCGACAACAUCCAGACGCAAGAAUUUAUAAAGCAGCAUUACAGGUCCAUAAAGGUGAUGUUUCGACCACCUGCCAUGAGCGCUUCGAAGAGGGGGCCUAGAUCGUACUGCCUAGACUGUCCCUGAGCAUGUGUUCCUUCAUCCCCCUCGUCAUCGUCAUCUUCAUCCUCAUCAUCUUCAUCUUCGUUUUCAUCCUCCCAUUCGUCCUCCCCCGGAAACACAGCACCCAAUUGAGUCAAGAGCGAACGAAUCUUGUUUUUGCCCGU